UUCAAGUCUUAUUACUUAAAUAUUUUUGUAAUCCUGUAGCUGUUAGAGAGCAGGCAGCAUUUUCAGUCAUGUGAGCAGUGUGUUUGCAAAAGAAAGAAGUUAGUUUCUAGCCCUUUAGGAAACUGAAAUGUCAAAUUUCAUUAUAUAUUUUAAACUACAUGUUUUGAAAAGUUUCAUACAUAUGGGCAUUGACAUAAUUAGAUCAUGAACUCCCCUGUGAUCAGUCAGAGUCAUCAACAUUUUCCAGUCUCAUUUCCUCUAUCUUUUCACUAUGUUUUUUGUGAGGUGGGAAGGUUGGGGUGGGGGAGGGAAUAAUUUAAAGUUAAACCUAGAGCUAUCCUAUCUAUCAUCCUAAAUUCUUCAGUUUGUAUGUCUUAGAGAUAAGAACUUUUUAUUUUAUAAUAUUUAUAAGUGCAACACCACUACCAUAUUCAGCAAAUGGAGCAGUAAUUUCUCUCUCUUUCUGUAGCAGUAAUUUCUUACUAUAAGAAGUUACUUGCACAAAAAGUAAUUGGCAAAACUAGUAUUUAAAUGAAGGUUUCCUGUCUCCAGUUUCUCCUUGACUCCUUUCUCAAGCCAUCUUAAACAAACAAACAAAAAAAACACAGUUGUAUAAUUUUAAGGGACAACUUAAAGUUGAUGUGGAGUAAGUGAUUGUUUUUGAUGUGUGGAUUGAGAGGUUGUAAGUAAGAGAGUAGGGACCAAUGUUGACAAUGGAGAGUUUGCCUGUAAAUAUGUUUACAGUUUUCAUCUGUUCCGUUUUUGACAUCAGCAGAAAUCAGUUUGUCCAUUUGCUUUGUUUUCCUGGGUCAGUUCAAAGUUCAGGCUUCCUCCAACCUAGAGAUGUAAACAUAUUGCCUUCAAAGGUCGACUCCCUGAGCCUCCUGGCUGGGUCUCUGUGUGCACAGGAUUGUCAAAAGCUCUCUGUACCUUGUUGAGUUAUUUCUCAUUUCCUGCCACGAAUAUUCCUUGUCUCCCCAGCCAAGGCCACGGCCCCGCUGUCCUCGUUCAGUAGCAGAACUGAUCAACACGUGACCCUAUAGUGCUCGGCUGGCGAUGCACUGCUGUUGCACUCCAGCGUCCCAGCCAGUCCUGGGAAUACAGGGGAAAGGAUAUACCCAACACACAUGGCCAGUGGAGGGAAACUGACCGUUCCUGGAUCAUUCAUUCAUUCAUUCAUUCCACAAACAUUUAUGCAGCACCUGCCUUGUGCCAGUAGAGUUGCAGGUGCUUAGAAUUCAUACGUGAGUAGAAGAGACAAAGUUAAUCCUUGCCUUCCCACAGCCUACAUUUAAGAAACAUCUAAACAGAGGUUCUUAGCAGCCCUCUGCUUCUUGGUCUCUAUUGUUAUUCACUUGUUUGUUAGUUCUUUCAUCAACAAACCUGCCAAGUGUUCACCCUCAGUCACCCAUGUGCGAGACAAUAAGGCUGGGUCAGAAGGCAUCACAUGUCUUGACACCUUCUGUUCAAGGAUGUGAAAGAGGAAGUAUGACCCACUGUGCCCUUCACAUAAAAUCUGUUUGUACUUACACCUUCCCAGUUAUUCCCUUGAGUGGCCUGCAUUCUCUCUCAUGUGUCCUGCAGUCUGGUACAGGAAUAGGGCGCAGGUGCCCAUUUGGUGUUAGGAGCAAGAGCUAAGGACACGCGGGAAGCACACAUGUGCCGAGGAACAGAGGGCAUCGCUCAGCGGAGGGCGUGGGACGUGACACAUUCUUUAAAAAACGGCCACAGGGUGGGAGCUGACAUUUUUGUUGGGAGGCAGGUCACACACUUAUGAUGUCACUAAACAUUCCUGCCAACGGAACCCAUGGAACAGGAAGGGCCACCGCGUUCCACUGUUGAGGAGAAGGCCAGGAGGGGCCUCCCUGUAAAAAGGUGCUGCUAUGGAACACAGGGCAUCAGAGGAUGGAAGCUGAAGCAGAGAGGGUCGAAAAAGAACUGAGACAAAAGGUUCGCUGGGGUAGGACCAGCAGAGGAAAGCACGCCUGUGAUUUGAGGGGAAUGACGAGGAGGAGGCAUGCGGAGGCUGCAGCCAAACUGUUACUUCUCUUGACAUCACCAAGGGAUGUACUUGGAAUCUGCUGUGGUCCCCCCACCCCCUUUUCUGUUAAGAGAUACGGGCUCCUCCUACAUUCAGCUCCCGUCUGUAUGAGAUGUGGGAUCACUAGGCCGCACCGCAUUCUGGUCCUCACCUGCACGGUCGCCGGGUCGGCCCUCCUGUGGUGGGCCUUCAGCCUGUCCACCUGGGCGAAGGUGGACGUCCCCGACAGCCCCCAGGUCCUGUUCAGCGCCCUGUUUGCCAUCUGCAGCCAGGAGAUCAGGUGCUGGGUUCCUCCAUCCAAGUCAUACUGCUUCACGUUUGGUCGAAUUUUCAUGAUCAGCGCCCUUCUUCUCUCCUUCUUCCUGAACAUCACACUCCUGGCCUUCCCGCACACCCUUCCUGACACCUGGAAACAGUACUUUGUCUUCACCAUCACCUGCUUCAUCGUAGGUGUCUGUGUGCUCCUUGCGUUGCUGCUGCACUCUCUGUAUAUUUGGAAAGUAACUGACAUAUUCAAGGAAGCGAAAGUCACCUUUCUCUACCCCUCUUUCAUCCUCUCCGUCAGCAUCACGCUGUUUUUCUUGUCUGGAAUUCUCUGCUUCGUCAGCGCCCACCGCUGCUGGUUUCAGUGUGUUGUGCAGCGGCCGAUUCAGGUGAAACCCAUGCAGACACCCGUGGCCAGUCCUUGCCCUGUAACCAUCACCGAGAGCAAACCGGGUGGAGGCAGGUAGCCUGCCCUCCGUGCAAGCGGGGUAACCGUGGAAACCUCCUGUCUAGCCUGCACCUCGAGACUUCCCAGCUCCACACUCGGGUUUAAUUGCUGUGGAAGACGAAGAGUUGGCCCGCUCCUGGCCAUCCUUCCGAUGAGGAUUAGGAUUCCGGGCACUUGGGUUUUCACGAGAGAGAAGACACAGUCGGGGCUGGGCAGUGAUGAGUCUGCUUUGGGUCUCGAGGACUUGGAAUGAAAACCUCCUCUCACCUUGAACCUGACCAAGGCCCACCCCAUCAUCUCAGUGUUUCCUGUGUCCUGCAAGGCGUGUCCUAACAGCAAGAAGCUCUUUCUCCACCUGUGUGGCCUGAGUUUUGAUAUAAAUUCUCUGCCCUCUGGUAAUUCUGUGAGUGUAAUCUUUUCACUGUCAUAUAACUCAGGGCUGUGUUGCAGGAAACACAACCUCAUCCAAACUCACUUAAAUGACAACAAAAGAGUGAACUUAUCGGACGGUCGCAGGGAUAGUCCGGCGACCCAACAGAAGUCCUGGUAGGAUCAGGGCUGCACAGGACACGGGUGGAACCUGAAGCUCUCCUCCAGGACAUGGCACCACUUUAACUAUUCAGUGAAGUUUAAUGGAAUUUCCUGACUCCUAAGUGCAAACAGUCUCCUAAAUCCCCCUUGCUCAUCAUGUUCAAAGCCUGUCCCUCCCCAGCCAGACCUCUGCUCCAUCUGAGCCCUCCACACACCGUGGGCCAGCCGGGCCUGGGCCACCCCUGCCAGGCCAGGGGCUCUGAGUGGCUCCCCACUGCGGUCUGUCUCCACCAUGCGACCAACCCCUCUUAGAACACAGAGCUGAGAACGUUCUCCUUAAAAACCACUUUACUUUACCUUGUUCUUACCUUCAGGAUGAAUUCCUUAUCUUCAUAAAUAAAGAUCUUUAUAAGUUGAUGCCAA